AUGCCCAACUCGAGACGGCGGAAUAUCUCCUUAGCUGCGGCCCUCCCUACGCAGGGCCAGAGUGGGGCAGCUUUUAAUUUCAUCGUGGCCGGCUGCCCCGAUCUACUAGAAGCACUUAUUCCAUCUGUCUAUAUCAACCAGGCCGACACGAACGGAUGGACAGCGCUGCACUUCAUGGCAAAGAAUUUGCGGAAACUCGAAGCGUCUCGUAUACUGGUCAAUCGAGGUGCAGAUGCUCGUGCGAUCGAUAAAAUGGGAAACAUGCCUCUUCAUGAAGCGAUUGCAGGAAGGCUUAUUAGCAGAGAGAAUGAAGCCGGGCCACUUGAAUGGCCGACACUUUCAGAGAAGAUCCAGGCGCACGAUGGGAUUAUUUUGACAUUACAAGAAGCUGGGGCCUUGGUGGAUCAGCCGAAUGUGGCAGGCAAGACACCAGCACAGCUUUUGAUGGAUAAACGGGCGCAGUGGAAUGAAUGCAAUAUUGAGCGGAUGGGGAGAGGGACGAAGGUAAACAGGAGGUUGACGGGCGAGGUCGGGUCUUUUACGAUCCACAGGUCGGCAAACAAUCUCACCGAAAGUAUGUCCACUGUAUACACCGCAAAGAAAGGCCCCGAUGAGUCCAUCUCGGUACUCAAAGGGGCAGAUACAGACUCAUCUACCAGUCUCGACAUCGCACAAUUGGGUGACCCAGGGAGUGAACGUCGGUUUUGGUUUCAGCGAGGCAAAGACUUUGACCCCGAAGCAAUUGCGACCCAACCGUCUGUGUAUGAUAACCCUGACACCGCGAAGGAAUAUCAACCGCGAGCCGACUGGGAGAAUCUUCACCGAUUUGACCCCUCUGCUCGGUGGACAUGGAGCGAGGAAUACAAAUUGAUUCGAAAGAUUGAUCUUCGUAUCAUGAUAUUUACCUGCCUCAUGUUCAUGUGUUUGGAGUUGGAUCGCUCCAAUCUAGCACAAGCUCUAACCGACAACAUGCUUCCCGAGUUACAUAUGAACACGAAUGACUACAAUCUUGGAAAUACGGUGUUUAAGCUCUCAUUCCUCUGUGCUGAGCUUCCUUCCCAGCUCGUGAGUAAAUGGGUUGGUCCUGAUCGGUGGAUUCCUACUCAAAUGGUUCUUUGGUCUGCAGUUGCCAUGGCACAGUAUGGGCUGAAUGGAAAAACAACAUUUCUCUUGUGCCGUGCCUUGCUGGGUAUUUUACAAGGAGGAUUCAUCCCAGAUGUGAUCUUGUAUCUGUCCUACUUCUAUAAACAUCAUGAGCUUUCUUUGCGACUCGGCUUCUUCUGGACGGCUAUGAAUAUUGCGGAUAUUCUUGCUGGAUUUCUAGCUUUCGGAUUUCUUCAUCUUCGUGGUGUUCAAGGUCAAUCGGGAUGGCGCUGGCUUUUCUUGCUCGAGGGUCUUCUAACACUUCUAUUUGGUCUAUCCGCAUAUAUUUUGAUGCCACCAGGACCGUGUCAGACUGCCAAUUGGUCUCGGGGUAAAUCAGGCUGGUUCACUGAGCGGGAGGAAACGAUCAUUGUCAAUCGAGUAAUUCGUGACGACCCAAGCAAAGGAACUAUGCACAAUCGAGAACCGAUUACGCCGAAACUACUGUUCAAGAGUCUCUCGGAUUAUGAUCUCUGGCCGAUCUACAUUAUUGGACUUACCUUCCAAACACCAGUGACGACCCCCAAGCAAUAUCUGACACUUACACUGAAGGGCCUCGGAUUCGGCACUUUUGUGACAAAUCUCUUGGUCAUUCCUAGUGAAGUGCUAUCUAUUUUCUUCCUUCUACUCCUCACAUACGUCUCGGAGAUUAGUAGCCAAUUAACGUUGGUGUCUAUGAUCGGGCAAAUAUGGAUACUUCCCUUCUUGAUCUAUCUAUACGUGGUGGAUAUCAAUACCGUCAAUAAGUGGGCUGUGUGGGGGGUGAUGACUGUGCUACUGGCAUAUCCAAAUGCACAUGCCAUUCAAGUCAAUUGGAACUCUCGCAACUCAAACACUGUCCGAUCCCGUACGGUCUCGGCUGCCAUGUAUAACAUGUGUGUCCAAUCAUCGGGAAUUAUUGCUUCCAAUAUCUAUCGCGCCGAUGACGCUCCCCGCUAUCGGAGAGGUAAUGGCACUCUGGUGGGACUCGGUGUAUCGAAUAUCUUCAUAUAUUUGCUUACCAAGGUAUACUAUGUCUGGCGCAAUCAGAGUCGCGACAAGAAAUGGAACGCUAUGACGGACAAUGAGAAGACGCAUUACUUGGCAACCACUAAGGACGAAGGGAAUAAGCGGUUGGAUUUCCGAUUUGCUCAUUGA